AUGCGAGCGGAUAACACCUGGAUUAUGGAUGAUGCCACACGCAACAAACUCUUGAAGAAAUACAAAACCCAGGUGGCGUCGGCGACUUCGACAAUCUGCGCGACUCUCUCUGUGACUCCCUUGGAGAAUAUCAAGACCCGUAUGCAAACACACAACUUCCAAAACGUCUUCCAAUGUGUUCGCUACCUUUGGCGUACCGAGGGACCCCGGGGCUACGUCGCUGGAGCUCUGCCUCCUCUGGCAAGUGUCACCGCGGUCCGUGUCGUGAAUUUCUCUACGUACAACGUAGCCAAACACCGCAUCUCCGAGUUUGUCGAGAGAAUUACCGGCGAGUCUCCUCUGGCAACCUACAACACGCCAGGCAGCAGUCCCACUGUGUCCACUCUUUUGACCUUUACUACCGCGGGCUUCAUUGCAGGCCUGAUCACCUCUCCGCUUGCAUGUCCCUUUGAGCUGGCCAAGAAUGUUGUACAGACAUCCGUCUUGGUCUCUCAUCGAUCCCAGGCGUCUCCCGAUGCGGUGCGGGACCCAUCUCUGCGCAACAAACCACGCCUCGGCACAAUCGAGGCGAUCAGGCAGAUUGUUCGCCGUUAUGGAUUUCGCGGCCUGUACACGGGUUUCCAUCUCCAUGCGAUGCGCGAUACAAUUGGAUCCGGUCUGUAUUUUAGCGUCUAUGAAACUGUCAAACAGGUCGCGGCAAAGGAACUGGGACCGGACAAGUCUCCUUUUGGAGGUCCGAUGAUUGCCGGUGCCAUUUGUAGCACCGUGCCUUGGUUCUGUACCUAUCCGCUUGAUACUCGCAAGACCCGUGCCCAGAGCGUGCUGCUUGGCAAGUCUAAGGAGGUGGGAGAGGCAUCAGCGGCCGUCUCCAAGUCGAGUAUGUACAAAGGUCUAUCGAUCAUUCUUAUUCGUACGGGAGUCAACAAUAUGAUUCUCCUGAGUAUGUUCGAAUACAUUAAGAUGCGGAUCAACCAGCUGGAGGGCUAG